AUGGCGGCCCGCGGCGACGUCACGCACCAAGCAAUAAGCUCGUACUUCAUCGGCCCCGAAGCCGAGAACCUGGAUGAGUUCAAGACGAACAUUGCAACGAUCCUCAAUGAGCUUGAGAAGGCGAGGAAGGCGUACUUUCCGCAGCCGCCGGACAAAAAGUUCAUCCCACCAGAGGUAAAAGCGUCUGCGGAAUUCCAACGCCUCACAGCGAAAUUCCGCACCGUCAUCGGCCGCGCCGCAAAGCUCCUCGGCGAGAAGUCCGUGCCUUUCUGGUCGCCCCGGUACCAGGCGCACAUGUGCACGGAUCUGAGUAUGGUUUCGCUGCUGGGGUAUUUCAUGACGAUGCUGUAUAACCCCAACAACGUGGCCAUCGAAGCGAGUCCGUUUUCCACGGCCGCGGAGAUCCUCGUGGGCGAGCAGCUGUGUGAUCUGUUGGGGUAUAAUAAUCAGAAGGGCGUCGCGGAUCAACCGACGGGGUGGGGGCAUGUCACGUCUGGUGGGAGUGUUGCGAAUUUGGAGAGUAUUUGGGUUGCACGCAACCUCAAGUUCUACCCACUGUCGCUUCAUCAAGCGGUUAAGCGCGGCCAGCUCCAGUUUGCGAGGAAGGACUUCCUUGUGAAGACGUGCGCUGGGGCUGAGAAGAACUUUGCGGAUCUUACGACGUGGGAGCUGUUAAACCUACGGCCUGAAACGGUCUUGGACCUGCCUAAACUCCUUCAUGACCAGUACGGGGUGUCUCCCGCCUACAUCGCGGACGCUAUCGACAAGUAUAACAUCCAGACGGUCGGCAAGACCAAGUUAGAACAGGCGUACCAGAUCACAAAGCCUUCCCGGUAUCUGCUCACCAAUACCAAGCACUAUUCAUGGCCGAAAGGGGGUGCCAUCACCGGCAUUGGCUCCGAGAACAUGAUCGGAGUGAGCGUCGACGCAGAAGCACGCGUUGACCUCGUCGACCUCGUGUCCAAACUCGAGCAAUGCCUGCGCAACGAACAAGCCGUGUACGCCGUCGUCGCGGUAAUCGGAUCCACCGAGGAAGGAGCCGUCGACCGACUCAGCGAGAUCCUGCGCAUCCGGAAGCGCUUCCAGCGGCGGGGACUGUCGUUCCUUGUCCAUGCGGACGCCGCCUGGGGAGGGUACUUUACCUCGAUGCUCCCUCGGAACCUGAAGAAGCAGGAAGAUCUGUUCAAGGCUGCAGGGUCGACGAGCGAUGAGGGCUUUGUGCCUGAUUUGGGCUUGAAGGUUGAGACACAAGAGGACCUGCUUGCCAUGCGGUUCGCGGACUCGAUUACCAUUGAUCCGCACAAGGCGGGAUAUAUCCCGUACCCGGCUGGCGCACUGGUCUAUCGGGAUGAGCGCAUGCGCAGCCUUAUUACCUGGGCCUGUCCCAAGCCAGGUGCAGCGGCCAUGGCCACUUGGCUGGCCAACGAGUGCAUCGGGCUGGAUCAGAAUGGAUACGGGGCGCUUCUGAGUGAAGCCACAUUCACCUGUACUCGACUCGCCGCACACUGGGCUGCAAUGACAACCCGAGAAGACUCGUUCAUCUGCGUGGCCCUCAAUCGGCUCCCCAGCGAAGUGAACGGAGGCGACGUCGAGGGCGAAAAGCGCUUUAUCCGGGAGCAGAUCCUGCCAAAGACAAACCAGGAGAUUGUCGCCAACGAUGCAAAGCUGCACACAAUGAACCUCCUGCGCGCCCUUGGCUCCGACCUGAACAUCAACGCCUUUGCCCUCAACUGGCGGUACGAAGACGGGCGGCUGAACGACGACAUCGAAGAGGCCAACUACCUCAUGCUACGCGUCGUCAAGGAGCUGUCCAUCAGCUCGCCCAACGACGAGCCCAAAGAGAAAGAUUUCUUCCUGACAUCGACAGAGUUCAAGCACGACGAGUACGGAACCUGCGCGGAGCUCUUCAUGGAUCGUCUCGGCAUUACGCGGUCGAAGCAGAACCUCAUGGUCCUGCGCAAUGUGGUCAUGAGUGCGUUCCCAACGGAGCAUGAGUUGAUUGACGAUCUUAUCAAGAGGUUCCGGGCUGUCGUCGAGGAUGCUGUACAGGUCUGCCGCGAUCGCAACGCCAUCAAACCAGACAUCCACCGCUUCUACAUCCAAGGCACAGGCGACAUCUUCUUCGUCUACCGGCCGCGUUUCCAAGAAGCCCGCUUCCGCCGCCAGCUGAUCCUCAAAGGCAAAUUCAGCCCGGCCGGGUUUGACGCGUACAUCAAGGCCAAAGCCAAGGGCGUCGUAUCCCUCAACACGUGCAACAAAACGAUUCUCGAGACCCUGCUGAACAAAGUCGCCAAUCACGGACAGGCUACAUUCCAAGGAGACCUGGUGGACGGAGAUGGAAACACCAUCUCGCGAGUAAAAACCACAAUCACCAAAGUGAUAAAGAACCGCUCCCUCUCCUCCCGAAACCGCGAACCCGCCUACCCAGCAACCUACAUGCCCUUCUACCUCUACGGCUCCAGCACCCAGCACCACAUCAGCCACAUCCUGCUGAAAUCGCCCAACAUCGAGCUCGGCGCCGCAAACGUCCAGCUAAGCCUCGACUACCCGCUCGCCGGAGACGAGCUGGCCCGCGGGGCGAUCCUCGCCCUCACAAACACGCCCGAGGCACCGAUGCAGCCGUUCCCGACGGAGUGCAGCGAGCGGCCUAGCGACUUCUUUUUCCGGGCGGGGCAGAAGUUCCAUGUCAAGAUCUGGCGGGAUUUGAAGAGGGCUGAGGAGAGCGGGCCGAAUUUGUUGCCGGCCUCGCUGGAGGAGUUUGGGCCGGAGAUUGCGUGUGGGGAGAUGCUGGUUCGGGGGGACGUAUUGGUUGAUGCGAGUAGUGUGAAUGGGGAUUUGUUUGAUAGGGCAGAGGAUGAGGGGGAGCAGUGGAGGGGCCUUUUUAGGAGCUUGGAGGGGGUGACGGGUGGGGAGUGA